ACUUAUUUAAAUAUGACUGGCGUUAUUACUGUAUCGGAUGAAUGGAUCAAAACCACUGAUGGAAAUGAUAUUUUCACAAAGACCUGGAAAACCCAGUCCACACCCGUUGCUACCGUUGUAAUGGUUCAUGGUUUCGGAGAACAUAUUGGUAGAUAUGACCGCCUCUUUUCUCUCUUUGCUAGUCAGGGCAUUGAAUGUUAUGGUUAUGAUCAACGUGGAUGGGGGGAGACAGGAAAGAAAUCUACUCAAUUCGGUAACAACCAGGGAUAUGAUACAGCUUUAAAAGAUAUUGAUGACGCUAUUUUGAAUAAGAAGCGUCAGGAUGUACCUCUCUUCCUAGUAGGUCAUAGUAUGGGCGGUGGUUUAACUCUCAACUAUCUUGCAAGAGGUGAUAAAUAUAAAGGCGUUGCUUUAGUCACUGGUGCUAUUGCAUCCGCACCUCUUGUGACUUUAUCUAUGGCUAUUCCUAUGCCCAAAUAUUAUGCUCUUCGGGCCGUAUCCUUUGUUUUACCCAGUAUCACCAUCCAAGCAGGAAUUGAUCCUGCCGGUAUGUCACAUGAUCAAGAUGAGAUCAAAAAGUAUCUUGAGGAUCCAUUAGUCCAUGAUUUCGCUACAUUAGCUACAUUGGCAGGAUUUAUUGAUGCAGGAUCUGAUAUCAUCAAAACCAAAGCGAAACUGAUCAAAACGCCCAUUUUGUACUCCCAUGCAGAUACUGAUCCAAUCAAUUUAUACCAAAGCACAUUGAGCGCUUAUAAUUUGACUUCUAGUACAGAUAAAGAAAUGAAAACGUGGCCAGGAUUAUUUCAUGAAUUGCAUAAUGAAACCAUGCCACAAAGACAAGAAGUUUCUGAUUAUUACCUCGAUUGGAUCAAGAAGCACAUUCCUGCUGUCAAGAAUUAGUUUAAUAAAAAAAAAAAAAGUUCAUUGUAUCAUCA